AUGGCCUCGUCGGACCACCCCUGUCCGCCAGACAUGCUUUACAAUACCGCCAUGUUCAUACCCAUGCCGUUAUAUCCCACACCUCCGGGCCAGAGCGGCUUACUCUCCCCAGGCGAGGAGUCUCAAUGCCAGCAAUGGCUUGGGUUGGAUGACCACACGGUCGAACCCAUGUAUGCCGAGAACGAAUUUGUCGACUUCGUAUAUCCUUCGCAAUUGGGGGCCGAAGCUCAGAACCUGAAGUCCUCACACUUCGGGAUGGGCACCGAAUAUACAACGGCUACGUGGGCUACCCAAGCGAACAACUGGCCCCCAUCUCAAUACGAAAAUCUUCAGCAACCGCUGGUGUCGCUCGUCAACACAUACAAAGGCGAGGCUUGGCCUGCCCCUAAUGCGCAUUUGCAACCCGAACCUCAAUCUCGAUCCAAGAAAUCGACAAAUACGACAAAGACACCUACCAACUGGAAGUCCCGCACUCUUUCGUCGGCCGCCGGGCAAAGUCACAAGAGGGCAAAGAUCGGGAUUGGAGGCAAGCCAUCUCCGUCGAGUUCGAACUCUUACGACGACAAGGCGACGAUGGUAGACGACGAUAGCAAGGAUGAAGGUGAGGCAGAGGAGCUGUACGAGCAGAGCGAAAGCUGGCGUCCGGAACUGAAGAAGAAAUAUCGUGUCAAGAACCGGGCUGCAGCAAAGCGAUGCCGGGAGAAGACGAAACAGUACGAGGAAAACCUUGCGAUAAAGGAGCAGGAAGUCUCACAAGAGCGGAUGUACCUGGACUCGUGCGUGACGGCGCUCAAGAACGAGGUGCUGGCCCUCAAGAACGAAAUCCUACGGCAUGCCGACUGCGACUGCGAGCUUAUCCGGGGAUACAUCGCCAGAGCCGCGGGCGGUGUCAGCGCGGGAGCCGCACCAACGAGUCCCCAAGAAUACCAGUCGAUCUGA